UGCAGAGAAGAUCCAACCAUACUUCAGUUCUGCUGUCACAAUUUGAGAAGAAGAAGCGUGAGAUCUGAGCUCUAAAACUAGGAUAAAAGAGCUUAGAGUAUAUAGAGAGGACUUACGGAGAUGGAUAAGAUGAAUCAAGCUUUUGAGAAGAUGAAAAUGUUGGUAGGUAUGGAGGUUGAAGACGAGCAACAAGCUGCUGACGAAGAAAGCUCGCUCUCAUUCAUGGAAGAUCUCAAUCGUAAUUGCGCUUUGACUACCAAACAGAGAUUCUAUGGCUUUGCAAUUUGCUUGUCAGCAGGCUUGACCUGUACACUUUUGUCGAUGCUUGUUUUCUUUAAUCCAGUCAAGUUUGGCAUCACAUUCACUCUGGGAAAUUUGAUGGCACUCGGGAGCACAGCAUUCCUUAUAGGCCCACAGCGGCAGGUGACUAUGAUGCUUGAUCCAGCUCGUAUCUACGCUACUGCAUUGUAUCUAGCAAGCAUUAUCAUUGCCUUGUUUUGUGCUCUUUAUGUUCGUAACAAGCUUCUGACACUGCUGGCUAUCAUUCUUGAGUUCACUGGUCUAAUUUGGUAUAGCUUGAGCUACAUCCCUUUUGCAAGGACCAUGGUCUCAAGGAUCUUCAUGACUUGUUUUGACACCGAGUUUUAAGCAACAGUAUACACAUCUGGUCAAAGAUUUCUUGUUCCAAAACCUUGAUGCUCUGGUUGAACGAUUGGUCCAUCUCUCUCCAAAUGUGUUCAAAGCUGGACUUGUUUGAUGCACCAAGAACGUGCCAUGCCCUAUAUGGCUUAUAAUUGGUGCUCGUUUUGGUUUCUACUUACCUCUUUACAUCAAGUUCCUGUCUUU